UCACCUGUGCCACCAGCCAUGUCCAGCAGUUUAGUUUCCGCCCUGGGUGCCAGGCGGCACAUGAAGAUAUCCUUCCACAUGCGGUGGAUGCCCAUAGACAUCACAUCAUUCAUGAGGUCAUACCUUUCUGCUACAGUUUCGAACACUUCGUGAACUGAAAUAUUAUAACAUGAUAGGAAGUUACAGGAGAAUAUUUAUUCAUGAACAGUGCAUAUCUUGGUUCAUAGUUAAACACUAUAUUUAUAUUUAAAUAUUUUUCGAAAUUUUGUUUGCUUGCCACAUAAUUAGGCUGUCGUAAUAAACACAAGUUAUUUACAGACUCUGAAUGAAAUGAUCUAUUUAUCUUGUAGUAAAAAAUGAUGAGAAUUAAAAGAACUUGAAUACAUUACCCUUUUUGGUUUUUUCCUGUUCAUCAACGACUUGGAAUCCGAAAUGUGUCUGGCCGGGUUUCAUUUCUUCCGUCGCAUUGCCUUCUUUGGUAGAUGUUUGAGUACUCAUAACGCGGAGCCUUGACGCUUGCUGCGUUGCACAUCGUAUAUUGGAUAACUUAAGUAUACCCGUUCGUAAUGCCAUCGUUAAUAACUAACUAAAAUAUUUGAAAUCAAGGCAGAUAACCAAGCAAGAAUGAAGAAAUCGCAAACCAGCUGAUUCUUUCAUGGAGAGUUGACAAUUAAAAGUUGACGGAUCGACUUCUCUGUCAAUGUUACGUCAUAUUCCGUAUUGUUGCUUUCAGUUUUAUUAACUGUGUUUAAUAGAUUGUCCUCGUCUCCCUUACUAAGCCCUUCAAUGAAUUCAUUUAAAAUUAAAUACCAAGAAUAUCUAAGUUGCAUCUAGAAAACAGAAGCGUAAGCUUUUAUAAGUUAUGAACAAAACCGUAAAGGUCCUUGAACAAAACGUAGUUGUCAAAGACAUAAAUGUGGGUUGCCAACCAAGAGAUUUUACCCUUUGUUUUUGUUUACGAAAAUAAAAUAAUAAUCGUAUCGUAGGAUCUUACACUAUCAUUAUAUAAUUGCUGUGAUAUUUAAAUGGAUUAACAUUUAUGAUAGCUGAAUAUUUAUUCAACAACAAUAGACUGCGUAGAAUAAGUCAUUUAGCAGGUAUUCGAUUAGAAAGACACUCAUAAACCGGUGAGGGUAAUUUUGUAAUCGAAAUGGGAACACUGUAAAACUUUCACAAAAACAGUAAAUAAACAGUAAUAAGGUGACUCAAAUUUAUUAGGAAAAUAGAUAAAUACCUAAGUAAAUAGGAAGUAAUGAACAAAAAUGUGAACAAAUUCUGCUAAGGUUAACUUUCAUGAGCCCAAAAUGUCUUCGUCUUCGUUAAGUAAUAAGAUAAAUAGUUCAAAAUCCAUAGACUAUGUGGAGCACAAUGUUGAGCAUUACCAACAACGCUACAAUUGGGACUGCGGAGUGUCCUGUGUCCUGAUGCUUCUGCCCCUGGAACAGAGAGAGGAAAUGCUCAACAACUUUGAGGACAUCUGUGAAGAUGAGGGGUUUAGGCAGUCUACCUGGACCAUAGACCUCUGUUAUCUAUUAAAGAGAUUUGGCAUCAAGCAUGUCAUGUACACCACAACACUGGGAGUGAACGAAGACUGCAAGAGACAUGGAUACUACGACAGAAUUAUUCAUAUGGACCGUGACCGAGUGUUACGUCGGUUCGCGGAGGCGACGUCCCGCGGCGUGCGCGUGGUCCAACAGUCGAUGCAGUACGGCGCGCUGCGGGCCCACGUGGGCUCGGCCGGGCCCGCCAUACUGCUCGUCGACGCCACGCUGCUCGUCUGUGACCUCUGCAAGCAUAAUAAAUUAAAAGCCGAGUUCAGACGUUGUUUCGGAGGCAGUUACACGGGUCACUACAUCCUAGUAGUGGGGUUCCGGGGCUCCAAGCUGUUGUACCGCGACCCCGCGCUGUCCCCGCGCCUGUGCGCGGCCUCCGCCCCUCGCCUGCUCCGCGCUCACCGCGCGCCGGGGACAGACCUCGAUGCCAUACUCGUCUACAGGGACUACAGGUAACAAAGACAUCGGUCGGUGCCACUCAUAUGUAGCAGGGAUCCUCUUUGAACGUUACGAAGAACAUUUUUGGUCAUGACAAAGCUAAACUAGUGAUUUCAAAAGGAGGAAGUUCAGUCUUCGUAUGGGUGCAGAAAAACGGUAGAAAAUUCAGAAACGUGUUUAAUACCAUCAAUUAUUGCCAUAAUUAUUGUCAUUUUCCGUACUACUACUGUGGCCCCAGCAUAAGCAGAGGGCGCUAUUGUCGAUUCUGAUCCUACACCACACUUACGCAUUAUUAGACAAUUUGUUGACAUAAGUAAUAAAAUAACAAAUUCAGCAGAUAUGCACCUACAUAGUAGCCAGUGUCCUGUUGUGAUGCAUUCUAUCUAGUAAUUUAAAACUAAUUUAAAUAAAGACUUUUUAGUUAUAAUAAAAUAUGUAGCUAAUAUAAUAAAGAUUCUUGAGUUAUCUAUGUAGUACCUACAAUUAUUGAUUUCUAAUUUAAGUACUAAUAUUUGUAAUAAAAUCGCAAUUAUGUCAAUUAAUGAUAAACUUGAACAGUUUUUCUUAGUUUCAUAGUUAACGUUCCAUUUUAGGAUAAUAAAUAAUUAUAAAUAAAAUGUAAAUGUGACAUGUGCCUUUAUAUAUAAAUAUUAAGUAAGUAUUUUAAUUUAUAAUAAAAAAUUGACAUGUAUGCAAGUUAUGACAAUAUAUUGAUUUAAUUUUAAAAUUUUUGUGUUUCUUUUUGUAUUUUUUUUUUGUUAUCAUAGGUUUAAUAUCGUUAUACCUAUGAUAACAAAAAAAAAUACUACUAAUAGUAAAUUAAUGUGAAAAUAUAGUUAGUUUAUUUAUUUUCUUUUUAUUUCAUUAAAGAUUACAGUGUAAGCACAGAUGUGUUUGAUAGAUUUCCUUAUGUAGUACUUAAUCAUUUAUUUAAAUUGAAGUCUUAUUUUACGCACUGAAUAUAUUUUAUUAACUUAUUGUGGCUGUUUGUAAUGCUGUACCAUCUCCAUAGUCAUCAUCAUCAUCAUCAUCAGCCUAUAAGUGCCCAUUGCUGAGCAGAGGCCUCUUCUCAUACGGAGAAGGCUAGAGCAUUACUCACCACGCUUGCUCAAUGUGGUUUGGCGAUUUCAAACUACAGUACAACUAUGGAGAAGAUAGUGCAUUGAUAACAAAAAUUUGCCUAUCUGUUAAUCUAGUGUAUCAGAGAGAUUAACAGAAACAUUCACACAUUCUCACAAAGUUUCACAUUUAUAAAAGUUACUUAUUAGUAGGAUGAAAAAAUACACAAUACGAAACAAAACAAAAUAACUCUAAUACUUACUUAAGACUUGAGUGAGUACAAAUAAAUUAAAUGAGUGAUACACACAAACAAUCAAUAAUUAACACACUUUCUACACAUAAACAUGUAAUAAUAGGUAAUUAUCAAGAAUCACUAUACUGUGUAGUUAUUAGCUUCAGUUAAUUAUACUUGGUUAUACCGCACCUAAAUGAAAGCAAUGUACUAGCCGACUAGCCCCCGCACAUCAAAGUAUACCAAGAUACAGUGAACUGUCAAAACUGUUCAAUUUUUUCAACUCUUUGAGAAAACUUUAAGUUGAAAAUGUAAUAAAAGAAAUCUGACAGAUAGGAGUAAGAUGGUCAAUGGUCAAAUGGAAACUUAUUUAUUUAUAACUUUAAAUACUUUUAAGUAGUAUUGAUAAUAAGGUUGAAAAAUAUUGAGAAAUAAUUUAAUAUGUCCAGCCUAUUCAUAAAUCCUUCAAUCUUCAAAUCAAACCAUAAAGUUUUUGGUAACGUCUAAGUCUUUUACGCCUCGGCCGCACUCAUCGCGACAACAUUCGGGCGAUAAACUUCGACUUCGGGCUACGGCGAAUGUUCGCGGCCACAUAAUUAUGUCUAAUAUACGAAGUUAAUCGUCCAAAUGUAAUCGCGAUAAAAAAUCGCGACUUUAGUGAAAACUAUUAACACAUCCUAUUUGACACCCUUCGAUGUGCGAGAGUCUACCGACAGCGGAGCGAAAAGCCCGAAGCUUUGCCCGAAGUGCCGAAGGGUUCGCGAAUACUUGGCUACACAUAUCGCGAUUACAUGAAUAUUCGAG